GAUUGCGCGUCAUGGACGAUUCUGCGGAGGAGGAUCUCACUGUGGCAGAUUUUGCUGUGCUGGAGGAGUGCGUGUGUGAGGAGGACUGUGUCUGCGCUCCCGAGCUUACGACAGAUGAUUAUGUACGUGUGACUCAGCUGUACUGUGAUGGAGUGGGAAUGCAGUAUAAAGAUUAUGUACAAAGUGAGAGAAAUUUAGAGUUUGACAUCUGCAAUAUAUGGUGUAGCAAGCCUCUUUCUGUCUUGCAAGAUUACUGUGAUGCCAUUAAAAUAAAUAUCUUCUGGCCACUUCUUUUUCAACAUCAGCACAGUUCUCUCAUAUCACGAUUGCAUCCUUGUGUGGAAACUACCAGUUGUCGUGCUUCUGAGAUAAGUUUGAAAAAGUUACAGCAUCUUGAGUUGAUGGAAGAUAUUGUGGAUUUGGCAAAGAAAGUUGCGAAUGAUUCAUUCCUUAUUGAAGGCUUAUUGAGAAUAGGUUAUAAAAUAGAAAAUAAAAUCUUGGCAAUGGAAGAAGCUUUAAAUUGGGUAAAAUACACAGGCGAUGUAACAAUUCUACCUAAAUUAGGAUCAGUUGACAACUCAUGGCCUAUGUUAAGUAUUUUCUUUACAGAAUACAAGUAUCACAUAACUAAAGUUGUAACAGAAAACUGCAAUUUGCUUGAAGAAUUUAAAACUCAAAGUUGUGCGGACUGUAUAGAGCAAGGAGAGCUCAUGAAAAUGAAAGGAAAUGAAGAGUUUUCCAAACAAAGAUUUGAUAUAGCUAUUAUUUAUUACACCAGAGCCAUUGAAUAUAGACCCGAAAACCACCUUCUUUAUGGUAACCGAGCUCUUUGUUUUCUUCGCACUGGACAAUUAAGAAAUGCACUUGGUGAUGGAAAGAGAGCCACUGUUUUGAAGAACACCUGGUCAAAGGGUCAUUAUCGUUACUGCGAUGCUCUUUCUAUGCUGGGGGAAUAUGACUGGGCCCUGCAAGCAAACAUAAAAGCUCAGAAACUCUGUAAAAAUGACCCUGAGGGAAUCAAGGAUCUUAUUCAGCAGCAUGUAAAGUUACAAAAACAAAUAGAAGACCUGCAAGGUCGAACAACAAAUAAGAAUCCAAUUAAGGCUUUUUAUGAAAGCAGGACUUCUAUACCUAAGAAUUUAUCAGCACCUACUUUUAGUACAUCACUUAACUUUGUGGAGACAGAGAGAGAUUUCAGAAAAACUAAACACAAAAUGGCAAACAGUGGUAAACAGAAUCGAAAGAUGGUACAAGCUUUGAAGGCAGAUGAUUGUGACUGUCAUCCUGAAUUUUCACCACCACCAAGUCAGCCUCCAAAACAUAAAGGAAAACAAAAAUCCCGAAACAGUGAAUCACAAAAGUUGAGCUCUAACUCACAGCUGACGUUACCAGUCGAUUUGAAAAGCAUUCUGGAGAAGCAGUUCUCCAAAUCUUCCAGAGCUGCACACCAGGAUUUUGCUAAUAUUAUGAAAAUGCUAAGAAGCUUAAUUCAAGAUGGCUACACGGCCUUGAUAGAGCAGCGUUGCCGCAGUGCUGCGCAGGCCUUUACAGAGCUGCUCAAUGGUUUGGAUCCUCAAAAAAUAAAGCAAUUGAACCUGGCCAUGAUUAACUAUGUAUUAGUGGUCUAUGGACUUGCUGUUUCUCUCCUUGGGAUAGGACAACCAGAGGAAUUAUCUGAAGCUGAAAACCAGUUUAAAAGGAUUAUUGAACACUACCCCAAUGAGGGACUGGAUUGCUUGGCCUAUUGUGGAAUAGGAAAAGUAUAUUUGAAGAAAAACAGAUUUCUAGAAGCUCUCAAUCACUUCGAGAAAGCAAAAACUUUGAUUUGCCGUCUUCCUGGUGUUCUGACUUGGCCCACAAGUAAUGUAAUUAUUGAGGAGUCUCGGCCAGAAAAAAUACAGGUGCUGCUGGAGAAGUUUGUUGAAGAGUGUAAGUUCCCUCCAGUGCCAGAUGCUAUUUGUUGCUAUCAGAAGUGCCGUGGAUAUUCCAAAAUCCAAAUUUACAUAACUGAUCCAGACUUUAAGGGUUUUAUACGAAUCAGCUGUUGCCAAUUCUGUAAGAUAGAAUUUCACAUGAACUGCUGGAAGAAAUUAAAGACAACAACCUUUAAUGAUAAAAUUGACAAGGAUUUUCUACAAGGAAUCUGUCUGACCCCCGACUGUGAAGGAGUUAUUUCUAAGAUCAUCAUCUUCAGCAGUGGUGGCCAAGUCAAGUGCGAAUUUGAACACAAGGUCGUAAAAGAAAAGUUUCCUCCACGACCUGUUCUGAAACAGAAGUGUUCUAGCCUAGAGAAGUUAAAACUGAAAGAAGACAAAAAAUUGAAGAGAAAGAUCCAAAAACAAGAGGCAAAAAAAUUAGCACAAGAAAGAAUGGAAGAAGACUUAAAAGAGAAUAAUCCACCCAAAAAUGAAGAACCGAAAGACACUGUAGACAGUGUUCAGAACUGUCAGUUCCUUGAUGACAGAAUCCUGCAGUGCAUAAAGCAGUAUGCUGACAAGAUUAAAUCUGGUGUACUGAAUACUUCCAAGCUUCUCAAAGAACUGCUUUCUUGGAAAGUUCUGAGCACAGAAGACUAUACAACAUGUUUUUCUAGUAAAAACUUUCUCAAUGAAGCAGUGGACUAUGUUAUUCGUCACUUGAUUCAAGAAAAGAACAGAGUAAAGACAAGAAUAUUUCUGCAUGUUUUGAGCGAACUUAAAGAGGUGGAGCCCAAAUUAGCUACCUGGAUUCAGAAGCUUAAUAGUUUUGGCUUAGAUGCCACAGGACCCUUUUUUUCCCGAUAUGGAACAGCUCUUAAGGAGCUUGAUUUCGGCAUCAUGACUUUCCUCUGGAAUGAAAAAUAUGGUCAUAAACUAAACUCCAUAGAAGGAAAACAACUUGACUAUUUCUGUGAGCCAGCCUCAGUAAAGGAAGCACGCUGUUUAAUAUGGCUCCUCGAAGAGCACAGAGACAAGUUCCCAGCCUUGCAUAGUGCUUUAGAUGAAUUCUUUGAUAUAAUGGAUAGUCGGUGUACCAUAUUAAGGAAACAAGACAGUGGUGAGAUGCCGUUUAGUUCCACCAAGGUGAAGAACAAGAGCAAGAAAAAGAAGACAAAAGAUUCAAAGCCAAUGUUAGUGGGAUCAGGAGCAGCAUCGGUGACAGCAAAUAAUGAAAGUACAACUUUGGGUGAAGACCAUAAUAGACGCAAUUCAGACUCUGCAGCCCCAUUUGCUGUGCCUGAUCAUCUUCGGCAAGAUGUAGAAGAAUUUGAGGCUCUUUAUGACCAGCACAGCAGUGAAUAUGUCGUCCGUAAUAAGAAGCUAUGGGAUAUUAACCCCAAACAAAAAUGCUCAACUCUAUAUGAUUACUUCUCUCAGUUGUUGGAGGAACAUGGUCCUUUGGAUAUGAGCAACAAGAUGUUCUCUGAAGAAUAUGAGUUUUUCCCUGAAGAAACUCGACAGAUCCUAGAAAAAGCAGGAGGUUUAAAAUCUUUUCUCCUGGCAUGUCCUCGUUUUGUUGUGAUUGACAACUGUAUUGCAUUGAAAAAAGUUGCCUUACGGCUUAAGAAAAAAAGAAAGAAGAAAAAUAUUAAAACUAAAGUAGAAGAGAUUUCGAAAACAGGAGAGUACUUACGAGUUAAACUACCACUGAAUCCAGCAGCUAGGGAAUUUAAACCAGAUGUAAAAUCCAAACCAGUAUCUGAUUUACCUUCCACCCUAGCUUCUGAGGGUGUGAAGCCCGAAUCUUUGCCUGCUGAGCCUCUGAAUGCAAUGUGUGAAGAUGGCAAGGCCAGGCUGGAGUCUGACCAUUCUUCCGGUCCAGUUUCUGAGGAGGGCAAACCCACAGAGGUCUCUUCUGAUUCUCUCAAACCAGUCUGUGAGGAUGUGAAUCACAAACAAGUCUCUCAUCCUCCUAAACCAGUUCCUGAGGAUGUAAAGUCAACAUACUGGACUCAGUCACACUUGGUCACAGGAUUCUGUACUUACCUUCCAUUUCAGGCAUUUGACAUUGCCCAGCCGCGACCAGCAUAUGUAAAUAUGUUACCGAGUUUGCCCCAGUUCACCAGCAUUUACACACCUUUGGCCAGCAUUUCUUCUGAGCAUCCUGUGCAGACGACUGUACCAGCAGUGCCGCAUUUUGUAGCCGUUAGCAGAGCAGAUAAAAAUGCUGUUGCGUAUUUUGAUGGUCCCAAUUUGAAUGCUGAGAAAGACUCUGGUACCCAGAUUGCCUCUGAAUCACAGAUUCUGAAGGAUUCUUUGGGAACAUUUACAAAGUCCAAAAAUAGCUUGGGUGAUGCCAAUAUAGCUCUGAAUGAGUCUGACAGAAAUGAAAGGCACUGUGGGAACUCUAACAGCAUAUGUGAAGUUCAUCUGGAAAGUACUGAUGCAGUAAGAAAUCUUACACAUACGCAGAUCGCUGCUGUACAGGUGUCUUGGAACAUACUACACCAAGAAGUCAAUACUGAGCCAUACAGUCCUUUUGAGACACAGCAGGGGGAUAUUUCACAGAUUGAAAAGGAGUACCAGCUAUUACAAGAGCAGCUUAAGGAAGCAUGUGAAAAUUAUGAGCAGAUAAAACUCAAGAGUUCAGAAGAGACCAGAGACCUGGAAGAAAAGUUAAAAAGAAACAUAGAAGAAAACAAGAUCUCAAAGACAGAAUUAGAUUGGUUUCUCCAAGAUUUGGACAGAGAAAUUAAAAAAUGGCAACAAGAGAAAAAAGAAAUUCAAGAAAGAUUAAAAGCCUUGAAGAAGAAAAUUAAAAAGGUUCUAAAUGCCAAUGAAAUGUCUGUGCAGAAAGAUGACGGGCUGGAUAAGGAACGCGGAUUACGUCCGGAUCAGUCCCCUGGAACCAGUAAUACACUUACAAAUGAGAAAAUGAAAACAGAAGAGUGUAUAAAGAAAGGGAAAGAACAUUAUGAAGAGAGUCAUCAAAGAGCUGUGAUUGCAGAGGUAUCUGUGCUUGAAAACUGGAAGGAGAGAGAAGUGUGGAAGUUACAGGGGAUGGCAUCACAAGCAGAAGCCUAUCUUAAGAACCUCAAGCUCAUGAGCAGUGAUUCUACAGCCCAUCUUGACUUGGAAUCUGAUAUACAUUCAUGGGAGGUGUUUCUUUCUAAUGUUGCAAAAGAAAUUGAGAACAUAGAGUCUCAGUUUGAAGACCAAAUUAAGGCAACUAAAAAUGGUUCUCGGCUCAGUGAACUUCCUAAAAUACAGAUUUCUGAGUUUUCAUUUCCUGCCUGUAACACAAUUCAUCCAGAGUCACCCUCGGAGUCUUCAGGCCAUGAGGACCAAGAGCCUGUGACUUCCACAAGCAGCAUGACAGGAGCACUUCCCAAGAAUCCAUGUCAACACCCUGCUGGUGAUUGUCCAGAGGAGACUCCUGCACCAUCACCAGGGUCACCUACCUGUCAGAUGGAAGUUGCUCAGCAGUCAGAGUUCAAGAGCGUUGGCCAGGUGUCUCUGUCAGAACAAAGCCUUGAGGCUGAUGAGAAACCUCUUCAGCCAGGAUAUGUUACUCAGUCAAGUCAGUCUCCAAAAAAGCCGUUCAGCAGUAUCAUUGAGCACCUAUCAGUGGUAUUCCCGUGUUAUAGCAGUGCCGAGUUAGCUGUUUUUAUUAAAAAAGCUCGAAGCAAAAACAAGAAUUCCUUCUCGGGAUUAAGUAUUGAUGAAAUUGUGGAAAGAGUGGCAGAACACAUUGUAGAUGAACAGAAACAGAAAAAGCCUAACCCAGGAAAAGACAGGAGAACACCUGAGGCCCGCUCUGCUGCUCCUGUGACCAAGUCCUCCCAGAGCCCGUCUUCAGUGACUGCUGGACCGUCAUCCAAAACCAAAGGACAGAAAACGGAUGACGUCUCUGCACCUGAUGCAAGCUCCUGCGAAAUAUGCCAUGAGGUGUUCAAAUCAAAAAACAUGCGUGUGCUGAAAUGUGGGCACAAGUUUCACAAGGGGUGCUUUAAGCAGUGGCUCAAAGGGCAGAGCACUUGCCCCACCUGUGGUACUGACGACCUCACCGAGGAGUAGCCAGCGCCCGCGAAGGACAGCGCCAGCCUGCUGCUGCAGAUAGCCUCUUCCCUGGUGCCGGUCCUGUGUGUGCGGAACUGGAACUCCAGCCGUGUCCUCAUGUUGGUGUAAAAAAGCAACCGUUCGAAAACUCUUGCACCAUGCCACACAGCCAGUAAAUGAAGUCUUUACUGCCGUCCCUGUCACGUUCUGUAUCAAGUAGUCAGUCUCCCCACUCGGGCUAAGCAGGCCUAAGCUAGCCAAGGAGCAGCUUGUCAGUGACGUGUCAGCACGUUCUGAGGCCACCGGGGCUGGAGGAGGAGCUCUGCCGAGGGGUGGCUCCUUCUGGAAGGAAUGUGAGCCAAGCAGGUCAGGUACCGCACGCUCCCCCUUUCUGUUUGGAAAGUUUUUUCUAGCAGCUCUGCAAGAGACAUGACACUGACCUUUAUAAACUUUUUAUAUAGUAUUCUUGAAAAUAUUCCUCAAAGAUUUCAGAUUUUAAAAGUGGGCUUAUGUAAGUCACAUUUUAAUAAUUUGUAUUGUUGAAAUAUUGGCUGAUACAGACCAAGUAAGACCCCCAUGUCCUUUUGGUUUUUCUCUCUUUUUUCUCCCCAGUACUGGGGAUUGAGCCCAGGGCCUCAUGCGCGCUAGAGAAGUGUUCUGCCGCUGAGUUACAUCUCCGGCCUUCGUGGAGUUUUAAAGCGAUUGAAUAGAGAUAGGAUCCGAGUAUUGGCAUCAACAAGAAUACUUUACCUAUAAAACCGAGGCUAUUCAUACUAAGCCCACAUUCGGACCUUACUCUAAGAAUACUCUGCUGCUGUCAUGAGUCAGUCACCAAAUGUGUGGCGAUCUUCAUCGAGGGCAGCACCUUAACGUGGCGCUGGGUAGAGCUGCUUGACGUCAUUCUCCGUCCCACCACCAAAGAGAGAUCUGUGAAUCAGACAAUCUGAGGUGUCCAUGUGACAGUUGUUCUGUGUCUGACAUUUGUAUAAAGUAAUGCAUGCGGUCUUGUGUUGUAGCCUGAGAACAAAACUGUAACUGCAUUAGAAACUUUAAAAUUUAGAUAUAUUUUAGUGACCUAUAGAUAGUGGUAAACACAGAAAUGUGAAUCCUGGUUACAUUCCAUUAGUGUCAAACAUGAAGGAACAAAAAAUGUUUUCCAGUGUGUUCUGUGUUCCACUGGAAAUGGAAUCACAAGUACAUUAGCAGAUAUGGUCACCUUUUCUACCUGUGUCCCCUGCGAGUUGUGAUGAAUUAGUGACUUAGUCUAUAGCAGCUCAUUCCUAAUUCUGAAGUACCCCUUGUGGUGGCUCCGGAAGCAGUCCUCUACCCCAGCUGUGGACUGCACAUCGUAUACAAAGAACAGCUGACGGAAGAAGGUGUCCUGUGCUUAACCUCAGAGCCUGUAAACAUGCCUUAUAUUUGUCCAGUAACUGUCAGUAAAAAGCAUUCUAAAAGA